AAGAUUUUCGUUUAUAUUGACAGCUGACAUGAAAAUGUAAAUAAUUUUUCUCUGUCUCAAUGUUAAUUAGUUUUACUGUUAUCAAAUUAAUAUGAGCGCUUUGAAGAAACUUUUCUUUUAUUUUUACUGAAACUUAAAAAAACAAUCACUUCAGAAUGCAAGACACACUUUCAAAUCAGGAAAUUGAAAAAUUGGACCUUUCAAAAGUUGCAGCUUUACAGCAAAAACGAACACUUGCCUUCUUAAACCAUUUUAUGAUAACUACCGUACAGUUUUUGAACACUUUUUCCAAAAAAUGCGAAAAGAAGCUUAUGCAGUUUGAACAGAAAUUGGAAAAAGUUGAAGCUGCUAUGAUUUUGUUGGAAGCUCGGCUUUCAUCAAUUCCAGAGAUCAAUGAAACACCUCAAACUAGCUCAACUGCAGAAUCUCUAAAUACUUCUGAAAUAAAGUCUGAAGACCAAACAGACCCUGUACAACAGGAAGACAAAGGAAUUGAAGAUAAACCUGAGGAUAAUGUGUCUCAGACAUCGGAAACUAUAAAAAAACCAGAGUAUGACCGGUUCAUUAAAUUGGUACAAGUUGGUGUACCUCUCCAAGCCGUCAAAUUAAAAGUUGCUGUAGAAGGGCUAGAUCCUGAUGAAUUUGAAAGUUUAAUGAAAAAGUAAUAUAUUCAUAAAUAACAUAAGUUCAUCUACACCUAUUUUAAACAGAUUUUGUUAUUGUUAUGUUGCAUCAAUAUCUAUUUUUAUAAGUAUUUAUUGAAUCAAAUACAGUAACAGACUUAUAUGUUGUAAAUGUCUCAUUACUGUUUAUUAUCUUUUAUUUUAACCUCAUAGCAUGGUAUUCUCAAUAUACUAUGCCUUUUACACAACUUACAGAGGAUAUUUUGGCACAUAUGUAUUGUUUGUUUUUAAUUAUGUUAAUUCCAUGGUAAUGAUCUAGACUCAAUGCUCUAGAGCUUAAGCAACUACUUUUCUAUUCCCUAGAGCCUAAGCAACUACUUUUCUAGGCCCUAGAGCCUAAGCAACUACUUUUCUAGGUCCUAAAGCCUAAGCAAUUACUUUUCUAGGCCCUACAGCCUAAGCAAUUACUUUUCUAGGCCCUUGAGCCUAAGCAACUGAACUGAUUUUGAUGAGUGAGGUGUCAUACUGUUCAUCUUCUUCCCCGGAUUGUCAAAGAGUACAUUUCAUCACCAAACAAAUGUAAUAAUUCAACAACAAAUAAUAAAAACUGUUGUACUUCUUUAAAAUAGUCAUGUUAUCUAGAGUUGUAAUUUAAAUGUGUAGUUGUUUAGUUGAAGUACAUUAGAGAUAAAUUAAAAACAUUUUAGA